AUGAAUUUCUCCUCUCAAUUUCUCAAUUUUCUAGUCAUCCUAAAAGAGUCCAUCAAACUACUCAUCAAGAAUGGGAAAAUAAUGGCUUUAGUAACCGCACUUUCCCUAUUUUCUUUCUCGGUCUUCUCCUUACUUUUCGACCUCCCGUUGUCUUCCCUUACGCAAGAUAUGCUCGCCCGGGAGUCCUUGAUCCCGAUAUUGAGCUCCAACAGCUCUGAAUUUAGCAACUACCUUUCGAGAAUCAAGAACAAGUUUCCAUUACUAGCCCCGACUUUGUACAUUGUUUUGGUGGUCUCUUACUCUCUCGUCACAUUUCUGUCUUCAACUGCUACGGUCAUAGUAUCGGUCGAAUCUCAUAAGGGGAACGUGAACUUUUCUGCAAAAGAAUUGUGUUCAAGCAUCAUGAAAUCUUGUAUUAGGCCGUUUGUUACGGGGUUUUACACGACGAUUCUCGUCAUAGGUUAUGUUUUCUUGGUUUUGACUAUAAAUGCCCCUCUAAGAAUGUCUUCUAACAUGUCUACCUUAGGUUGGGCUAUUUUAUUCACUUUUUUUGCCUACGUUUUCUAUCUCUAUCUAUCGAGCGUUUGGAUUUUGAGCUUGGUGGUGUCGGUGGUCGAUCGAGACUGCAGCGGGAUCAUGGCGCUCGGAAGAUCGGCCGUAAUAAUCAAGGGCCAAGAAUUAAGUGGAUUUUUGCUUAAUGUUGUGAUGAAUUUAGCUUCUUGGGGGGUGUACUUAGGAUCAAUGAAUAUUAGGAGUGAAACACAUUGGAUACCAAAUGAGAAGAUUAAAGGGUUGAUAUUGGUGGGUUUUACUUGUUUGGUUUGGGUUUUGACUUUUGUGGUCUACACAGUUAUGUACUUUAGGGGCAAGGAAGGAAUUGUGCAAGAAAUUGAAUUAAAUUUGAGUAAUGUGGAGUAUGCCAAACUAGGCAAUGAUGAUCCACUUGUGGGUGUAGCUUGA